AACCGGUCACGCGCCUCCUCCCCUUUUUUUGCUCUCUCCGUUCCCCUUUGUUAGCGGAAGGCUGUUUCCUCGCCCUAAUAACACCCGUCUAGAGUCGGCCUUCGUAUACAGGAACCAGGGGCGGGACCACCUCACCACAUCCUGGGGAAGGCUAUGCAGCCGCCAUAGCGCUGCAGCACCAUUUUCCAACUGGCGACCUCGGGGCGUCUGGGCCCCCCAUCAUAUGGCGAUGCUUUCUUUCAACGCAACGGGAGCUUCCGCCCUGUUGCUGCUAAUCCUUUGAGCCCGUCCCGGUCACCACCCUCCCAGCCUGGCCCCGUGCUCGGCGGCGGCGGCGUCGCCGAGAACGCCAACAUCGCCAGCGUCGCCAUGUCCGCUCGAUAUCCACGAGUGGCUGUCCUCCUGGGCGUCCAGCCUCGGUGGCACGUGCCGCUUUUGCUCUGCCGGGCUCUCUCGACCGUGUCUGCGGCGUGGUGGGCUUGCCAGACUUGUUUCAGCAUCUACCAACUGAUCUCGGACUACGACGCGGCGAGGGACGGGACGUCGUCUUUGUUCUUGUCGUCGGCGAUGGGCGGUGGCGGCCGCGGCAGGAUCGGUGUCACUGGUGGUGCGGACGCUGGGAAUAGUGGUUGUUCGCUUUUGGAGCAUCGGAUCUUCAGGCGCAUGGCUGUGGCCCAAGUAUGCUUGAGCUUUCUCUGGGUAUGUCUUGUCCUAGCAUCCUUUUGACCCUUGAACUUUCCUUUGAGUGCAUACACACCUUGUUUCAUCACCCGGUUGCAAUGUCCAAGGACGCAUCUUACGAUCCGGUCCGGUUUGAAAUGCUUGCUCUUUGGGCUCAACCUUGCUUUUUUCCUUCGGAGGAGGCCAAAGCAACAAACCUCCCUCAGCGUGCCCCCCUUUUUGUCCUCCUAUCCACUCGAGCAAACAUCAAACCAACCCAUGCUAACCGGCUGUGUCUUGUCUUUGGCCACGCUUCCAGGCCGGCGCCGCCGCUUACCUCGCGCACAUGUUCGCCUCGUCGCUGAUGGCGCGGUGGCUGCUGCACUACAGCCCGCUGGCGGUGCUGGUGCGGCUGUGCAGCCUCUCGAUCCUGCUGUCGUUUGGGUGCCUGCAGGUGUUCCGGGCCACGCGGGCGACGGAGCCAGAUCUGCUCCGGCUCAGCCGCAGCCUGCUGGCCUGGAUCGCCAUCUCGGUCGGCCUGAUGCUCGCCUACUUCUGCACCCAGCACGACAUCUUCUCCGCCGACCACGACGACGACCGCGACGACGACCGCGACGACCGCCGCCGCCAGAUCCUGCGCCUCAAGUGCCUCUACGUCAUCUCCGCGUGCAGCCUGCUCAGCCUGCUGGUCCUGGUGGGCAUCGUCCACUUUGACGCCGACACGGGGAUGAGCGUGAUGGGGAUGAUCACGUCCGCCAUGGGGGGCGCACGCGGGAAUGGGAGUCAGGGCUGGACUGGGGCUCUGCAGGAUUGGGUCGGGAAUUGCAAGGCGUUGGGAUCUGAUCUCGCUCAGCAGUGGCGCAGGUUCGCUUCCGGCGCGGCCAGGCUUGGAGCCGAGUUGUGACAUUCAGGAAGAAUGGCGAGAUAGCGAGUCUCUUUGUUGUUGUUUUUCACUUGUCCUACAUGUUAUUGACCGGACGCAAGGAAACGGAUGGGUGAUCGAGCAGAAUUGAUCAUAUCCCAAGCCCAGCAGCGAGGGAAGGGG